AUGGAGGCCGUUAAGAAGGGAAAGUCCAUGGUGGACAACACAGCUGGCAGCGAUUCGGACGAAGAUGGAAACCAAGUGCUCGAGGAGAGCCCAUGUGGCCGGUGGCAGAAGCGACGAGAAAAGGUGAGCCAGAGAGACGUACCGGGCAUCGACGCGGCGUAUUUGGCCAUGGACACGGAGCUCGGCGUUGAGGUCGUAUGGAACGAGGUGGAGUUUUCCGAGAGGAAGUUGUGUAGCGCUGAAGAGGAUAAAAUUCGUAAGGUGUUUGAUCGGUUGAUGCAGCUGAACCACCCAAAUCUGAUCACGCUGCACAAAUACUGGAUCGACACAAAAUCGGACAAUCCGAGGGUUAUCUUCAUCACAGAAUAUAUGUCGUGUGGUUCGAUGUUCCAGUUUCUUAAGGUGACUCGUAAAGGCAACAAAGCCCUGAAUAUCAAGUCAUGGAAAAAGUGGUGUACGCAGAUUCUGUGGGCCCUGGAAUAUCUCCAUUCCUGCGACUCACCGGUUAUUCACUGCAACCUGUCGUGCAACACCAUAUUCAUACAACAUAAUGGCUUGAUCAAAAUCGGAUGUGGUAUGUGUUCUGUGCACCCGCCAUCUGUUUAA